AUGAAGCGGAAUAAGCCAGGAAAGUACGUGAGGUCCAAGCGGAUGCGGAAAUCAGAAAGAGAUUGUGAAGAUUUUUAUCAAGACACUGAAGAGGGUACAGACGAAAAAUUAAUUACCAUCUCGCAAACGGAACUGAAGGGCAUCCUCGACAAACGCACUACCCCAGUUGUUCGAGCUAUUCACACAAAACCAACUAACUCUACAAGAACUGAUAUUGCGAGGAGCUCUAGUGUCAAGGACAGCAGUGUACGAAAACCUCCCGUUUGUUUCCGGUGUCACGAGACCGGGCAUGUGGCACCUAACUGCUCGCAACCAGAUAACCGGAAGUGCUACCGAUGUGGAGAAAUUGGACAUGUAGCUAGUUCCUGUUCGAUCUUGCAAGGACAGAGCAAGGAGCAAACUAAAAAGGUACAGAUUUUAUCUAAUUUGAGUGAUACAUACAAAAAAACAGUAAAAGUUAACAAUACGUUUGUGAAAGCAUAUAUAGAUACAGGCAGUGAAAUGAACGUUAUGUCGGAUACGGCGGCACGAGCUAUCGGUUUAACAGUCAAGCCCACUGAUGUGAUAUUGAGAGGUUUUGCGGGAAACGGUGUACCAGCUCGGGGCACUGUCGAGUUCUCUCUUCAUGUAGACAACGUGCAAAUAUGCACUACUGCAGUAACGACGGAUAUUGACUUAGGAGAAGUCGCUUUGAUUAUCGGCCAGCCGGUUAUUAACGACGAAGGUAUAUCCUUUACCGUCACACGAUCUGGAGCUGAACUUAACAUGACACAAACUGGUGAUUUAAAAUUUAUUGAUGUGAUCGAAGAAGCGAACCGCUAUAAAGUACAGAUGGAAUCUGACACAGAAAUUCCAGUGGGAGACAGUUUGGUGAAGGUGGUGGUGGAAGGAGCACCGCCAGGCGAACUUUGUACCAAGCCACGUCAGCACAGCAUUGGAGCAACGCACUACGCAAUAGCCAGUUCGAUUCUCCGGGGCGGCGCUGGCUACCUGAGAGUCUGCAACAUCGGUGAGGUGCCGUUGCGAUGGAAGAAGGGGGACACCAUUGCUCGUGCUGAGCAGUGUAUGGAGAUAGCAGGGGUAAGCGCAAAUUUAUUAUUUAUGAGGAGAGGAGAGAUAGAUAAACAAGUUCCAGGUGAGGUAGGUGGGUUGUCACUAGGCGAACUUGAUGUGGGGGAUAUUAAUGAAAGUGAGAGGUAUGAACUCAUAGAUUUGUUGGUAUCCCACUCAGAUUGUUUCGCCAGUUCACCUACAGAUAUAGGCGAGACUGAUUUAGGGGAGAUGAGCAUUAAACUUACUACUGAUAAACCAGUAAAUAGGAAACCUUAUAGAUUAGCACAUGCAGAGAGGGAAGUAGUGACUAGCAAAAUCGAGGAAAUGUUAGAGAGUAAUAUAAUUAGAGAAUCUGCAUCCGAGUACGCAUCGCCUAUAAUAUUAGUUCGGAAGAAAAAUGGUGAUUACCGACUGUGCGUUGACUAUAGGGCACUCAAUGCUGUGACGGUAAAAGAAAGAUUUCCAUUACCGCACAUUGAUGAUCAGUUAUCUAAAUUGGCGGGGAAAAGAGUAUUUACAAGUUUAGAUUUAUUUGCCGGGUAUCAUAACAUUAAAAUAAAUCCGAAUUCAGUAGAUAAAACGGCGUUUGUUACACCAGACGGCCACUUCGAGUAUUUGAGGGUUCCGUUUGGUCUAGCGAACGCACCGUCGGUAUUCAUGCGGUUCGUUAUACGCUAG